CCCCCGAUCGAAGGUGGCCGCGGCGAUCCCUAAUUUGGAUUUGUUUUGGUUUGGUGAAUGUGGUGAGGAAGAGCAAGACGACGACGAAGAAACCUUGUGGUGACCUCUCUCUCAGGGCCUGCUUUGUGUUUUAGAGUGUCAAAGACGGGAAUAGACUGAGAGAUUUUUGAGGUUUUUUUUUUGGGAUGUUUUCCUUUGUCGUGUAUUGCGUGUGUCGUGUGGUGUGACACUUGUACGUACGGCGAUAACGGAAGAAGGUGAGAGCGGAGUUCGUCGCCUACUGCCGUUGGAGGUCACCCGUGUUGAACGAGCUGUCGGGGUCACCUUAAUGUCAAAAGUUACGGCUUUGGAGAAGAAAGAAACCGAUUCGUGAACACAUCUUGUGAGGAAGCAACAAGCAGAGUGUAAGGCAGAGGAAGCUGGAACCUUCUGGGACAACAACAACAACCUGAUCGUGACCUACUGCGUCUAGUUCUUCGGUGCAUGAACAGAGGGAAGAACUUCAGAAACCUUGAGCGCGUAACAGUUGUUUGAAGCCUGGAAGGAAGCGAUCGCGAAGCUGAAACACAACACAACGGGAAGAUUUCCUGGAGCACUUGCAGCCGAACACGGGCACUUGAAUCAAGGCCUCUCCGCGCCGAAGCUCAAGAAGCGACGGGCCAUUUCUCGGGGCGCAGCAGUUCUUGGGUUGCGAAGCAGCAGUCGAUGACUCCAAACCACGAAUUUCUUCGCAAGAUGUUUUUGACCCCGCCCGGCGCAGCAAGCUCUGGUUUUGACUGAUCCCCAUAUGCGUGUUGUUGUAAAGAGGAAAAAUUAGAUCUGGAAAAAGCGCAGCUUUUUCAGGUCGUCUCGGAAGCGAGGAAGUGUUGUUUUUUUUUCGGAAAUUUUGGAAGAAAAAAAAAAUCAGUGCUAGCGGGAAUUUGCCUCCGGAAGAGAAAAAAAAAGUAAGCAAAUGUGAGCCUUUUCGUUUGAGAGUGUAAGUGAUCACGCGUGUGUGCGGUUGAGAUUUUUUGGAAUUUUGGUCCAGAACUGAUGAGGAGGAAGAGCUUCGACGGAUGAAAAAUAAACCGGUGGAAGGGGUGAAGAAGAGAUGCUGCUUGCUGGCCGGUGGUGCCGCUGACUUUUAUGCCACUUUGGUAACGUCGCAAUGAGGUGACAACGCAGGGCGCCCCAAAACCUGUCCUGAAUCAGUAACAACAACCAAACCAAUCGAAUCUACGCCCAUUUGAGCAUAACCUCACCGCGCCAAGAUGGGCAACUCCGGCAGCAUGAACGGCCUGCCGGGCUACGACGAUGCGACCGCGUACCACCAUCCUGGUUACCAUCAUCAGUACCAACGCUACCACGAGAUGAUGCGCGCCAACGGAGGCAACUCCGGUGGACCUGCUCCGGCAUGGCUGGAGUCCUACCAGCGGGAUCUUCGCAACGGGAGAUCCACCUUCGACAACCGACACCAUCACCACGACUCCGGAACCCACCGGGACUCCACGGUCAGCAGCGGACCCAGCUUGCCUCCACCGAUGAAGGUCCUGCCGGACAUUCCCGGCCGGGUCGCAAAGCUCCGUCCUACGAACAACGGGAACAUCCUGCACUCGGGCGGAACCAUCAGCAAGAACAACAACCUGCAACGCUCGAAGAGCAUUUCUUCGCCGACCUAUCAGCAGCACCAGAAGCAGAGCAGCUUCGACGAAGCGGAGGAGAACGGAGGACCGCUGAACUCGCUUCCGCCGCGGAUGGCCAUGAUGCGGUCCAAGACGCAGUUCAACAUGAUGGCCGGAGGUCGUCCACGGGACUUUGACGAUUCACGGCGUGGCUACGCCACAAACCAGCGAAAGCCGAGCUACGAGCACGGAACGCUGAACAAGAAGCGGUUCGGGUCGGAACCCGAUCUUCGCCUCUCGAUGGCCGCUGAACUGCAGCAGGAGCAAGAGGCCGGACCGGCCGGUCAUCGCAACACCAAACCGGUCCAGUCGAAGAUCAUGAAGGGCAAGAACAAGAAAAAGGCGCCGGUUCCGCCGGCGGCGGACAAGCGCGAACCCGAACCCAUCGAGAAGCACCAACCCCAACUCCAGCAGCAACAACAGCGCAUCAUCGCGUACUCUCCGCUGCGCAAAACCAACUCGGACGCGUCCUCCACGCUACCCUCCUCGGACAGCAACAGCAACAACCCAACCCGGAAGCUACGCCUGUUCAAAACCCGCGCCGAAACCAAGAAGAACAUCAUCACCAAACUGCCGGAAGCUUCCGACGCCAAGUACCAGGCGAAACCAGCGGCCUCCUCCAACGGCCAGAUGAAGAUGCGCGUUUCGCCGACCAACAGCGGCACCCAGCCCUACAAACCUCCCCGCAAAGAUCCGGACUUUGACACGAGCACACUGGACAAGCCCAAGUCCCGACUCAACCCGACGUCCUUCUUCCGACGCGAGAAAACCUUCGACCUUGGCAUCCUGGAGCGCGACCGUCUCGCCCAACAGCCGGAAGUCAAACCAACCAUGUCCCCUCCAAUUUCACGCCGCAAAUCGAUCGUCAAGUCGCUGCUCGAAAAGGACCAGAAGGAGCAGCAACAGCUGCGUCAGCAAGAACAGCAGAGUCGCAUCGCUUCGGUUGAGCCAAAGUUCAAACCGAAGGUUCAGGACGAGAAGCGCAAGUCGUCGCAGCCGCAAGCUGCGGCGACCACACCGGUCAUGACCGACUUCCAGAAGGAGCUCGCGAUGGCCACGAGGAGAAAGACCGCCCUUGGCGGUAGCAACCCGAAUCUUGCUCAAACGAAGCCGGCGCCGACUGGCGCCGCCAAUCAGCAGCGGAAGAUGUCCGAGGUGACCAAGCAGACCAUCAAGGUCGAGCCGGCACCACCACCAACGCAAACGAAAAACAACAGUCUGGUAAUUUCCGUCGAACCACCCAAACAAGACGAUCGGGAAAAGCUCUCCAUCAGUCCGCCUCCUCCGCCGCCACCACUCCCAAAAACCAGCUUCUACUUCGGAAUGACCGCACCGAAGAAGACCCCAGAGCCGAAAAUCUCGCCCACCCUACUCGUCAAAGCGAAAAUGCUCGAAACGCGCGUCGACACCGAGCCCGAAUCCUCCUCCGAAGAGGACGAAGCCAAGCGACCGCUGGAGUCACCCUCGGACGACUCCGAAAUGGACAAGACCCAGCUGGACGUGAUUGACCGCUUCGCCGCCAGCUUGCUCAACGGAACCAAAUUCCAAUCCGGCUCGGAUUCAGCCGCCUCCUCAGAAGUCGACGUGCGCACCACCUCCGGCAUCGAACUAUUCACCGAAGGUCAGGAAAUCUCGCUAAAACUCCGACCAACGCUCCCCCGCAAGAACUUUGAAAUUCCACGCUUCAGCCCGGCCGCCGCUUGGCGGCUGCUCACCACCGAGGACGACUUUGGUCGCGACUCAACGGAACUUUUCCCCUUCGCGGAUCAGAAGAAGACGCAACUGCUGCGCAGUUUGGAAGCGGUGGACGCCGCGGCGGAGGAUCGCAUCGAGCGGAUCUACCGGGAGCCGAUCCCUGGGCUGCAGGACAACAAGAGUGGAGACAGCGGGAUUUCCGGCGACGCCGGACUGCCGGACCUGGGCGAAGCGCAGAUGAUGAACUCGAGCAAGGAGCGCGACUCGCCGGAGAGUUCGCCGGUGGACGAUGGAGGUGUGGGAGUGGGCGUGGGAGGAACGAACGGGUGGUCAGCGAGUGCGAUACGGUUGACGCCGUGGACGCCGCAGCAGGAUUUGGAGGAUGAUGACGAUACGACCGGGAGCAGUGCGGACAAUCGGCAGCUGAUCGAGGAGAGUCCGCUGAGCGGAGGGCCUAACGACUUUUCCAGCAAGGGACAUUUGUUUAGCUUGUCGCUGCCGCGGGAGAACCACCUGUCGAUUUAUACAGGGACGGCGGCGAACGGGGAAAAGGUCGAAAAGCACAUGUUCAACAGUCUGCAAAAGCUGCGGAAGUCCGUCUCGGACGCUUUCACCAGCGACGCCGAGCUCAGUCCGCUCGAGAGCGGUGACAACUGGUUCCUCUCCCGGCUAGAUUCCUCCCCACCGGCCAUUACCAACGCGUACGAAAAGCGCCAGCUCAGCCCAACCGGCCCGAAGCAAACUCCGCCGGAAGCGCCCUCCAGCGCGGGCAGUGCCGGCUCCAAAAAGAACGAUUCCAACGAACAGUUUGCCGCCAAACCGACCAAGCACCUGCCGAUUGGAUACCUCAUCAGCGGCAAGCACAUGAUGUAUCUGCCGAAGGAAGCCACCAAGGUGGUGGUCACUUCCGGCAAGAAUGACGCCAACAACAACUCACUGCCAACCGAAGUUUCACCUCCGCUAGCGACCAUGUCCAGCUAUCAGCCACGCUCCGGGUACGGCGCGGACCGGCGCCGGGACAACAAGGAAAACAUGCAGGAUCCGGUUCCGGACGGGGGUGAAAAUGGAGGAGCAGGUGAAAUGGAAAAGUUCCCGGUGAAGAUCUCCAACCGGAAGAACCACCGGUUCACCUUCCAGAGUACGAUCCGGCAGAUCGAGAAGCGCCGGGUGGCGGAGAAGCUGUCGCGCGAGGCGGAAAUCAAGGAGGCCAUGCGGUUGAGCGAGCUGGAAGCGAUGCGCCGGGUGGAGGAGGAGUUCCAGAAGAAGCGGGCCCGCGAGAAGGCCUCGAUCCGGCACCAGCUGCGGCUGUUUUCGAUGGAGGAGGGAGGCAAUGGACAGGCUUUUGAGGGGAAUGAGGACGAUGAGCUUCCGGAGCUGAUCAAACGCGCCGAACCGGAAGGGGACAGCAUGCCGCACCAGCCCUCCUCCACAACCGCCACCAACGGCACCACCAAGACCAACGGAAUGUUCCGCAAGCGGGACGCCACGCUGGAGCGGCAAACCUACCUGAACGGCGGUGGCCAGGCGCGACGCCUCAGCCAGUCCCGGUUCCACCAAACCUCCACGCUCGAGCGGAAGUACAACCAGGAGCUGGACCAGGAUUUCAACCACGACCAGGACGAGAACGACUCGGACGACGAUGACGUGGACAGCAGCCUCGGGUACAUCGACACCCGGACGCCGUACAUUUCGCGCAUCAUUCAGGCCAAGAGCAGCAAGUCGAGCUACGGCGGCGGAUUGAAGAAAUGAGGGUCGCCGCGAGCGAAUGAGAGAGCAACGAACUGCCAUCUAGUCAUCGCUGGAGGAACGUGUACUCUGACAACAACCGGAAGCGGAAGGCGCUGCCCCGAAAGCGUGGCAGAGAUUUAUUUCAGAAAAAAAACAGCGGAGAGAAAGACCAAUCGAGUGGUAUUUAAAAGUACAUAAAUUUAUUCUAAACGAGAGCAAAAAAAUGUAUUCGUAGUUAGAUUUAUAUUUCCUCUUUUUAUUGAAAAUAGUAAACAAAAUGCGAGCAAAGCGACGAAAAAAAAUAAAGUAAAUAUUCUUUCCGAUCUUUUGACUUAUUAACAUCAACCUGCAUGUUAUUUAGUAUCUAAGGUUCACUAACACACGCAAAAAAAAAACAAUUACAAAAAAACUAGAAAUGUUAAAUAAAAAUAUGUUCAGUUCUUUUAUUCAAA